UGUGGCCUGCAGGCCCGGCCCCUCCUCGCCAGCCAACCAGAGGAAGGGGGCGCGGCGCGGCGGGCGCCUGCUGUCCAAUGAGGGGCCGAGGCGCGUUUGGCGGGUCGGUCGGUGGCGGGAGUCGCCGCCACGAGUCGCAUCCCGCGCGCACCGGUUGCUGUUGGCCAUGCUGUGCCGCGCGCUGCUCCGCCGCGCCUCGGCCGCGCCGCCCCGUCGGUCCUCGCCGCUCCCCCUGCAGCACCUCUUGGACAGCUACCAGUGCAGCCGAGAAGAUGACCACCUGUCCUGCGGGGAAACGGGGAUGCCCGUCCCUCCUUUCGGCUGCGCCUUUUCUGCAGCCCCGAACUUGGAGCACGUACUGGCAGUUGCAAAUGAAGAAGGAUUUGUUAGACUGUACGAUACUGAAGCUCAAACUACCAGCAAACUCAUCUUUAAAGAAUGGCAGGCUCACUCAAAUGCUGUAUUUGACCUUGCCUGGGUACCAGGGGAACACAGGAUUGUCACUGCUUCGGGAGAUCAGACAGCCAAGGUGUGGGAUGUGAGAGCCGGGGAGCUUCUUGGCAUAUGUAAAGGUCACCAGUGUAGCCUCAAGUCAGUUGCUUUUUCUAGAUUUGAGAAAGCUGUCUUCUGUACUGGAGGCAGAGAUGGAAACAUCAUGGUUUGGGAUACCAGAUGCAACAAAAAAGAUGGAUUUUAUAGGCAAGUGAAUCAAAUCAGUGGAGCACACAAUGUGGUCGACAAGCACACUCCUUCCAAACCAAAGAAGAAGAGGCAGAACCUAAAGGGACUUGCUCCGUUGGUGGAUUUCCAGCAGAGUGUAACUGUGGUGCUGCUUCAGGACGAGCAUACUCUUAUUUCUGCAGGAGCUGUUGAUGGUGUGAUCAAAGUAUGGGACUUGCGCAAAAACUAUGGGGCUUACUCUCAGGACCCGGUGCCUUUCAAGUCUUUUUUAUACCCUGGGACCAGUACUCGCAAACUUGGAUAUUCUAGCCUCGUUUUGGAUUCCACCGGUGCUAAUCUGUUUGCUAAUUGCACUGAUGACAGUAUCUACAUGUUCAACAUGACAAGUUUAAGGACUGUUCCAGUGGCAGUUUUCAGCGGGCACCAGAAUUCAACCUUUUACAUCAAAUCCAGCACCAGCCCAGACGACCAGUUCCUAGUCAGUGGCUCGAGCGACUGCAACGCAUACAUCUGGAAGGUUUCUGAGCCCAGCCUUCCUCCACGGAUACUCCUUGGUCACUCUCAAGAAGUUACCUCCAUUGUUUGGUGUCCUUCAGACUUCACUAAGAUUGCCACGUGCUCUGACGACAACACUGUGAGGAUUUGGCGCUUACGACAUCAUCCUGAGGAAGAGAAAUCAGCAUUCAACAAAAUCAACUUGGUGGGCUGGGUCACUCAGAAGAAACCAGAAGAGCAACUUGGAGCAGGACCGACAGCCAGCCCACAAAGUACUCCUGCCAAGGCCUUCACAGUGGGCAGCCCCUGUAAUUCCUCGCCACGGAUGGCUGCCUGUGCUCCCAUUUAUUCUGGAGACCUUCCCCUGCCUACAAACACUCCGACAGGCGCUCUCAAAACCCAGACGGCGGCAGCUUGCGCCCCAGCCAAGCGGAGCGGAGCCAGCCCAUGCACUUCUCCCAAACCAAACCCUUCCUCCAAAAUGUCCAUUAAACAUUGGGUUACAAGGACUCCGUGCUCUUCUUCUCCAGAAGUGGGGGCAAAGGCUCCUUCUCCUAGAAAAGCCUUGGCAGAAGUCACCCAAGGUCUCCUGGAAGCCUCUUGCCCUCCUAAAGCCCCACACUCACAGUUUGAAAAGCGUGCCAAGAGAAGGCUCGAGUGCAGCAAGGAGGAUGAUGUGGGGCAGAAGUGUCUGCAGGCCUGUAGCUGUGUGACUGAACUGGACCAUGCGGCUAAGAAAUCUAAGCUGAAUUUAUGUCACUUGGCCGCAGACCAAAAAGCUGAUGAUGAAGGCUCCCUCAGUCUGGCUGACUUGGACAAAGACUGCGAAGGCUCCAGCUGCAGCCAAAAAGAGCUCUCCUUUCCUGGAAGCCGUAUUAAUCUAUCAGGCAUUCAAACUCCUCCCCAUCUCUUCAGAUCUCCAUAUGGGAAAGACACUGAGGUAGUAGAUAAAGAGAAUAGUUCACCUGAAAGAAAAAAUUGGUUGUCUGCUCUGGGAGAGAAGCUCCGGACUGGCAGAGCUGGCAGCCAGAGCACGUCAAACAGCCCCCCGUCAUCCUGCAGUCCUGGUGCCAAACGACGAGAGACUGUGGCAGCGGCCACUUCGCCGAAAACUGCUGCAACCACUUCAGUUUCCAUGAGGAAGAUCUGCACAUACUUCCACAGAAAGCCACAAAACGACUGAAGCAGUUGCACCUGGAUGUUGACACUGUGAUAUCAAGAGCAAAUUUAGCAACACCACCAAUGAUGCGCCAGGAUUACACAGUUUGUUGUUAGACAUUCGUAAACUUGGGGUUUUAUUCUCCUGCUUUUAAAGCCAUUAACACUUGAAGUCAGCCGAGUGUGGAAAAUUUACAUAAUACUUAGAGAUACUCAUGAUCUCUUACUGACUUCAGACGAUGGAUCUUUUUAUAAGGAAAAGCAGAGUAUUUUUACAUGGCAACUGUUAUAGGCCAAAGACAGCAACAGCUUUGCUGUGCAUUGUUGACAGGCACAUAUAGCUUGUCAGUUUGUGUUACUAAUCUACUGUUGAAACUUCCUCUACUUAAGAGUAAUGUGUAAAUCAUUACACCCUCCUGAAAAGCAAGUGUUGGAAUGUGUGUAGAGAAACUUACUGGAGGUAGAUCUGAGCUACUUUGCUCUGAAUGUCAUUUCUAGUUAUUCCUCUAGUAUCAUGAUGACCCAUUUCCAGCAGGGAAUUUAUGAAUGUGUUAAGUAAAUAUAAGACUUUUAAACAUCCUGAGUCCAUCUGAUGGUGAUUAUAGUCUAAGAGGAGACAAAGUAUAAUCAAGUAUGUAAUGCCUGUGCUCCUUUUGCCAUCCCCUUGCUUCUCCCAGUCUGAAAACUCCUGUGUUUGCUGACUUAGCUGGCUCUUGAACCAUCAGCACUACAGCUGUUGAGGGCAACAGCUUGUCACUUCUCUGAAAUAAAAUACUAGCAAGGUACGUUAGAAAAAUUAGUUUGAUCUAUUCCAAAUAGUUGUCCCUUAACAGGCGGUUGCUCAGUCACAUCUUACGGAUUCAGCCUUUAUGUAGCAAAGGCAUUAAUAACUGCUUAUAACUUAAUAACACUUUUAUAAUAUGGUAUCUAUAAAAUAAUAGAUUGUAAAAUGGAGGUUGUGGCACUUGACAUUUUAGAAAGCACUUGACAGAGUUUACAUAUUAAUAUUAAAUGCUUUGCCAUUGUAAGUCAUCACUGAUGCUGACAGAACAAGGUCACUGAAAUGAGAUCACUGUCCUGCUAGCUAAUGAUACCAACUCCACAGUCACGUUUUCCCCAGGGGGAGCUAGUCCAAGAUCUGUAUCUUAGGUGGGCGCAUUUAUUCUGUCUUCUGGCAUAACAGUUCCUAUUAACUCUUACAGCUCUGAAUCCCUAUUAAGUUCUUCUACUGCAAAAUAAUUGAGGUAUUUGUAAGAGAUGUGAUCUGGCCAACUUAUGUUUUCCAUCUGAAAUUUUUGCAUCUACUUUACAGUAGCAUUGAAUAGUACAGCAGCUGAAAGGGAUUAGAAGAAAACAUACUGGCUUGUAUUUAUGUCAUAGGUUGUAUUUUGUAAGGAAAUAAAUGACUUGGGAGAAACUGGCUUUUGUGAAAGGUCUCUUACAGCUACAAAGCAAAAGUUAAUAUGUGGUGUGCUUUUUAAAGAAAAAUGAAAGUAGUCACCAUCGAGCUGCAUCUUUUAGCAGGAGCACUCAGGGACCUAGAGGGGCAAGAACGACUUUCUCCUUUUUGCUGAAUUGCAGUUCAUCACCGCAUUAGCUUUGAGGAGGUGUCAUUAGGAAAGUGGGAAAGGUAACGUAGUGCUUCAGGCAUUUUUUUAUAGUUCUUAGUUUUUAAAAAAAUUGAUUUUUAAAAAGUGAUUAUCUGAAUAGAUCUAGUAUAUUGGGCAAAACAGGAAUUAAAAAAAUCUGUUAGUUUCAUUUUAACCUUCUUCUGGAUAUUAAGGUGGAAGUAGUAGAAACAUAACCUAACGUAAGUAGCUUUGGGAUUUCAUGCUGUCUUAAUUCUAAUUAUUAGAACAACCGCAUAUGGUACAACCUGACUUGCCUACAGCCAGUUUUUCAUGCAGGAUUCUUCCACUCAGUUUGCAAAUAACAGCUUGUAGAAUAAGGAGAUGUGGACCCUCUAGAAGUACAUGAGAGACAUCAGACAUUUCAACAAUAGGAUUUCAUGCUUCUCCACUUCUUUCACAACAUUUUCUUCCUCCAGAGAAAUGUUCUGCAUCCAAACCAUUAUCUCCUAUAUCUUGUAAAUGGCUACUAGAGGUGAUUUACACUAAUGGGUUACACUUGGAUGAAUGAUAUUGUGAGAGGAUGUGAGAUUUUCUCCUUUCAAAUAGUACUUGUUUAGUGGAACAACUUGUUUCAUGGACCACCAGGCGUAAUUUCUUUCAUCUUAAGAAGACGUGAACCUGGUUCAGAGCCUAGGAGAAUUAGCUGAAACUUAUCUUCUUUUAUGACCAACUGCCUUGACCUUAUCAUGAUAAAAUCAUGAUUCCAAAAGCAUAGAAGAAUUGCUGAUAUGAACCAUAUGUCACGUGGUUUAAGGUAACCAGUGCUCUCUUUACCUGAGAAAUUGCUGAACUAAGCAUUCAAGGAGCUGAGCUCUUGUUAUGAGCCAGCAAGCUAUACCUCUGAAUUACCUUGCCUUCUGAAGCGUUUACAGAAAUGCUGCACUCAAUCUUUUAUAAUCAAACUAAGCCUUUUGAGAUACUAUUCCCAAAUCCUAUAUGUAAAUCCCACUUCAUGUAUCUUGCAGGUUUUUCCAUGCAGAUGAUAACUGCUUAUGAUGUCUCUGUCCUCAGUGUUUACCCUCUAAUUGCCGAGUGGGAUUUGGGAAUGACCACAGCAGACUAUGAUGGUACUAUCUGCAGCAGUUGUUACUCCUGCUCUGUUGGAAGUUCUGCCCAUCACCGCUCAGCUAUGAGCGGUCAACCAGUUUAGUUUCACAGCAGUUAGGUGGUGGCUUGAGCUAACCUGGCUUGUCAAAACUGAAGAGGCACUCCCAGAAUCUGUACAGAGGCAUGGUCAGCAAGCCUUGGCAAGCAUUUCUUCUGGUACCAGCACUGACUUAACAAUCCCUUGGGGAAGUUAACUACAAAAAAACCCCAAAAUUUAAUUGCCUCAGUUCCCUGACUCAGUGGCUAGUUAUACCGAAACCGCUGAGGGGACAAAAGUGGGAGUGUGGGGCCAGCAUUGCCACUGAGGGGACUGUUCUGUCAUACUCUUUCUUGAAGUGUAGAGCUGAUAGUUUCUUGUUGGUCUAGGAGUGCUGAAGCCUUCCUUUGGCACUGUUGUUUCUGCAGCCGUUGACCAUGGCUGCAAUCUCCUGGAUGAUCCAUGGAGUGUCCACACCACCCUGUAAGCUAACCUACAGAGCUUAACAAAAAACACACUAUUCUGGCAUUGAAAAAUGUUCUAGGUGCUGUCUGUAUGUGGCAUAUAAUUUCUUAACAAGUUUUGUUUAGAAAGAGACACUUUCCAGCCAGGAAUUUGCAAAAGCAUUUGGUGUGUGGAGGUAUUGCAAUAUUCAGGAGUUUACAUGUGGGUCUUGCACCCAGAAUGCCUCUUAAAGAGGUUCUUUUUGGUCAGAUAUUAAGGUUUCUUUGUAGCCAGUACUGGUUUGGCAAUAAAUGGGAGUGUUCAUUGAGUUGAGAGUCUCUGGGUGAGAACUAAGGGACAGGCUGGCAAGGGUGAUACUGUUGUGGGUGUCUAUUAUAGGCCAUCAGAUCAGGGUGAGAAAGCUGAUGAGGCCUUCUACAGGCAGCUGAGAGCAGCCUCACAGUCACAGGCCCUGGUUGUUGUGGGGGAUUUUAACUUCCCUGAUGUUUGCUGGAAGGACCAUUCAGCCAGCCAGCCACAGUCCAGGAGGUUCCUCCAGUGCCUUGAUGAUAACUUCCUCAUGCAGAUGGUGGAGGAGCCAACUAGGAGAGGUGCACUGCUGGACCUCAUCCUCACUAACAAGGAGGGUCUUGUCGAAGCGGUAAAGGUUGAGGGCUACCUUGGUUGCAGCGACCAUGAGAUGGUGAAGUUCAGCAUCUUGGGUGGCAGGAACAGAAUACCAAGCAGAAUCACAACCUUGGACUUCAGCAGGGCAAGCUUUGGCCUUUUCAAGCAAUUGCUAAGGGAAAUCCCAUGGAAAAGGGUACUUGAAGGUAAAGGGGCCCAAGAUAGUUGGUUAGCAUUCAGGGACUGCUUCUACCAAGCUCAAGAUCAGAGCAUUCCGACACGUAGGAAGUCAAGGAAGGGAGCCAGGAGACCUGCAUGGUUAAACAGGGAACUGCUGGGUAAGCUCCAGUGGAAGAGGAGAGUUUACAGAUCAUGAAAAGAGGGACUGGCCACUUGGGGAGAAUAUGAGGCUGUUGUCAGAGGAUGUAGGGAGGCAAUGAGGAAAGCUAAGGCCUCCUUAGAAUUAAACACUGUGAGGGAGGGGUCAAGGACAACAGAAAGAGCUGUUUCAAAUACAUGGCAGAUAAGGCAAUGUAGGCCCACUGGUGAAUGAGGUGGGUGCCCUGGUGACAGAAGAUACAGAGAAGGCAGAGUUACUGAAUGCCUUCCUUGUCUCUGUCUACUCUGCCGGAAGCUGUCCUGAGGAGCCCCCUAUCCCUGAGGCCCCAGAGGAAGUCAGGACAAUGGAGGAGUUUGCCUGGGUUUAUGAGGACUGGGUUAGGGAGCAAUUAAACAACCUGGACGUCCAUAAAUCCAUGGGUCUGGAUGGGAUGCACUCGCGGGUGCUGAGGGAGCUGGCUGAGGUCAUUGCUGGACCACUCUCCAUCAUCUUUGCUAAGUCGUGGGAAACAGGAGAGGUGCCUGAGGACUGGAGGAAAGCAAAUGUCACUCCAAUCUUCAAAAAAGGGCAAGGAGGACCCAGGUAACUACAGACUGGUCAGCCUCACCUCCGUCCCUGGGAAAGUAAUGGAACAGCUUAUCCUUGGAGCCAUCUCAAGGCAUAUAAAGGAUAAGAGGGUCAUUAGGGGCAGUCAGCAUGGCUUCAUCAAGGGGAAGUUGUGCUUGACCAACUUCAUUGACUUCCAUGAGGACAUAACGAGGUGGAUAGAUGACGGCAGGGCGGUGGAUGUGGUCUACCUUGACUUCAGUAAAGCAUUUGACACAGCCUCCCACAGCAUCCUUACAGCUAAACCAAGGAAGUGCGGUCUAGAUGAUCAGGUAGUGAGGUGGACUGCAAACUGGCUGAAGGGAAGAAGCCAGAGAGUCGUGGUCAAUGGGGCAGAGUCUAGUUAGAGGCCUGUAGCUACUGCAGUGCCUCAGGGAUCAGUAUUGGGACCACUAUUAUUCAAUGUAUUCAUCAAUGAUUUGGAUGAGGGAAUAGAGUGUACUAUCAGCAAGUUUGCUGAUGACACCAAGCUGGGAGGAGUGGCUGACACGCCAGAAGGCUGUGCUGCCAUCCAGAGACAUGGACAGGCUGGAGAGUUGGGCAGGGAAAAAUUUAAUUAAAUAUAACAAGGGAAAAUGUAGAGUCUUGCAUCGGGGCAGGAACAACUCCAGGUACCAGUAUAGGUUGGGGAAUGACCUGUUAGAGAACAGUGUAGGGGAAAGGGACCUGGGGGUCCUGGUGGACAGUAGGAUGACCAUGAGCCAGCACUGUGCCCUUGUGGCCAGGAAGGCCAAUGGCAUCCUGGGGUGUAUUAGAAGGGGGCGGUUAGUAGGUCCAGAGAGGUUCUCCUUCCCCUCUACUCUGCCCUGGUGAGACUGCACCUGGAAUAUUGUGUCCAGUUCUGGGCCCCUCAGUUCCAGAAGGACAGGGAACUGCUGGAGAGAGUCCAGUGCAGGGCAACAAAGAUGAUUAAGGGAGUGGAGCAUCUCCCUUAUGAGGAAAAGCUGAGGGAUCUGGGGCUCUUUAGCUUGGAGAAGAGGAGACUGAGGGGUGACCUCAUUAAGGUUUAUAAAUAUGUAACGGGUGAGUGUCACAAGGAUGGAGCCAGGCUCUUCUUGGUGACAACCAAUGAUAAGACAAAGAGCAGUGGGUGCAAACUGGAACACAGGAGGUCCCACUUAAAUAGGAGAAGAAACUUCUCCUCAGUGAGGGUGACAGAGCCUGGAACAGGCUGCCCAGGGAGGUUGUGGAGUCUCCUCUGGAGACAUUCAAAACCCGCCUGGACACAUUCCUAUGCAACCUCAUCUGGGUGUUCUUGCUCCAGCAGGGGGAUUGGACUAGGUGAUCUUUUGAGGUCCCUUCCAAUUCCUAACAUUCUGUGAUUCUGUGAUCUUCAGGUCCAUUAAGAUGAAAUUUCAUGCUUUUCCUCCUGAAGCUGACCUAAACAGUUUCCCAAGUGAGGGAAAAUUAUCACCCUCUGUUUCUUUACACUCUGUUGAUAAAACAGAACCCUUGUAUUUUUCUCUCUCUCUGAUUUGUGUAUGGCCACAUCUACAAUAAAUAAAAUACACUCUGCUACUAUACAA